AUGGUUGAAAAGAUGAAAAUUCAAGCAUUGUUGUUGUACUUUUUGGCAUGGUCUGCCAUAGCUGCCCAUCAGCCUCCGAACGUCAACAAGAAACAGUCAAAAGGGAAAGGAUUUGGCUCCUCUGUGUUUUUUCCUGUCACUGGAAAUGUUUAUCCAGAAGGGUAUUAUCAUGUUACGAUCAAUGUCGGCCAACCUCCGAAACCUUACUUUUUUGACAUAGAUACUGGCAGCGAUCUCACUUGGCUCCAGUGCGAUGCACCUUGUGCUAAAUGCACUCCGUCCCCACACACUCUUUAUAAACCCAGCAAAAACCUCGUCACAUGUAAGCAUGCCCUAUGUGUCUCACUUCAUGGGCCUGCAAUCCAAAAUUGUGAAACCCCCGAUGAGCAAUGUGACUAUGAGGUCACUUAUGCUGAUCUUGGUUCAUCUAUGGGUGUGCUGGUCAUGGACUCGUUUCCUUUUAGGUUCACCAAUGGUAGUGUAUUAGGUCCUCGUCUUGCGUUCGGGUGA